AUGGCGUCCUUACUAAGAUGGAGCAAGUCCUUUUCUGGACUCAUGAUUGUAUUCUACAUCGCUGCUACAAGUAAUGGAUGCCCAGCUUAUCGUUGGGGAUCUGAAUGUGAACAUAACUGUACUGAAUGUCUCAAUGGAGGCAAGUGCGAUGCAGACUCAGGAGAGUGUGUAUGUCCUCCUGGUUUCAACGGGACAACAUGUGAACACGUCCUGGGCAGCAAACGAUUUGGGCAAGAUGGCAGCUUUUCUUGUGAUUCCUCAGGAGAUGAUCACAGUCUAGGGUGUCGGGAGAAACUCUUCUGCCUACCAGACCCCUUUGGAUGCACCUGUGCAGCAGGAUUCAUGGGAAUCAAUUGUACAACAGAAUGUAACCCAGGAACGUAUGGAGCAGAUUGUUUGCAAGAGUGCCACUGCUCUCCACGUAACAUCUGUACCAAGGAUACAGGAGAAUGCAUUGAUGGGACUGCGUGUCAAGAAGGCUGGACUGGUGUCAACUGUCAAGUUCGAAGUUCCCCCAUUCAGGACGUUGACGCUGAAACACGUAAGCUCACAUGGGCUCAUAGAUUAACAUAA